AUGGCGGAAUGUGAUUCAUGUGGGUAAGUUUUUAUAUUGUUUUAAAUUAUAGUUUACGUUGCUAAAAUAUGCUAAAAUCGUCCUUUUGUUACUGAUUUGAAAAAUAAGUAGCACUAUUUUUCUCAUGGGUCGUUGCAUAGCCAAUGAGACAACGAUUUCACAACAUUAAAAGCGGUCAACCGUACCGCAUAGUUUUCAUGAUUUUAUCGCUUAUUAUUAUUUGUUUAACACUUUCACUUUGACAUAGUUUCAGGCUUUCAUCAAUGUUUUCAUCCGAAUAUAAUUGUUAUCUUUCUUUUAUUUAAAAGAUUCCAAAAGAAAUAACGCAUGUUUAUUGUGUUAUUAAAAAUGCAUGUUUUAACUUUCUGGAGGCAUUUGUUUUGCUAUUAAAUUUCUCUUGUUACAAGGCUAUAACUAUCUAAAAUAUGCACUUGUCAAUGUUAAGGGUCAGGUUUGGCAUGUGUGGGGCAUUUGAUCAUCAAUUGCAUCCCACCCUGGGGAUUUUGAUUAGCAUUUUGGGCCCAAGUUAGAGCAAUUUGAACCAAAUGAAUUUUAUUAAUAUAAUAUUUAUUAUUUGGGGUAUUUGACCAAUAUUUAUUGCCCAACAGUGGGACAUUUGAUUGAAAAUUUGCUCAAAAAAUCAAAUGCCCCACAUAUGCCCCCCCCCCACACACACACUCUGGGGCGUAACAUUGAUAGGUACAUAAAGGCAUUAGAAAUAAAAGAAAAUUCACCAAUUCCUGAAGAGGGAUGCUCACGAUUGUGAAUUGCAACAGAACUAAAAUUUACAGAACAGCAGAAAAGGAAAAAUGUGAAUUGCAAUAGAACUAAAAUUCAUUUUUAGUGAUGAGCAUUUGAUUAGUGGUGAGAAAAGUGUUGAUCUUCAGGAUGACACAAAUGAUGGUGAUUAUACUUAUCAAGAGCACUGUGAUGCACAUGAUCUGGGUUUUAACGAACCGUGUAACACUCAGGAGGAUAGCGACAGUGAAAAUGAUGAGAAUGUUGGUUCCAAGCCCAGGAGAUUGAAACAAUUGCAAAGAGCCGGGAGAAAACCAGGAAGAAAAGCUAAAUGGAGUGAUUCACUUAUCAAUGAUAUGGUUGAUAUCAUUAUAAAUAAUGAGAACUACAAAAGGAAACUACUAUUCAUAAAUAUGAAAAAUCAAAAAAAUGGUGACAUAUAUGCAAACGUUUUGGAAGAGAUGAAGAAAAGGGCUGCCGAACGAGAAGAGCCAGUUCCAUUUUCCGUACCUCAACUUCGUACAAAGUUUAAGAAAUUAGUUGGAGAGUGCAAAAAUGCUGCACUUACUAUUAAGACUGGCACAGGGAUUAAGGGAUUUCAAGAUAACAAAGGCUUUGGUGAUUGGUUUAACCCAUUAUUUGCUCUUAUUAAAACAAGAGAUGCAUGCAAACCUGAGCUGGCAAUUGAACCCUCAGCUUUAUCAUCAGAAUCAGUAGGAGUGGAUAGUGAUGAUGAUUCCACAGCAACAUCAAGUACAUCGCAAGAAGGAAGUGGCAGGAAACUUUUUGUACCAGUGAAACGAAGCAGAAAGAAACAAAAGAAAAACCCAAUUGAAGAAGCAACCACAUUACUGAAGGAAGCUAUUGAAAAAGAUCCUGUAAAAGAUCUUCUGGUAUUCAUGAGAGAGGAAGCUGAAAAGUCUCGCCAGCAUGAUUUGAUGCUACUGCAAAUGCAAUCUAUGCAGCAUCCUGUCCCACUUCAAAGGUUUGUUCAACCUGCUUCACAAAGUGUACAAAUGAUGGGAAAUCAAGUACCAGCAGUCCAACAUCAGCAACAUGGGCCAUUUAAUGCUGGAAUGUCUUCAACCUUUACUCAAGAUCAAUGUCAGUACAUGUCCCAAGAAAAUAAUCCUCGUUAUCAUAGUUUAUAA